AAUAAGUGUGUCCAUAACUCCUAAUGUAUCUAUCCCUUAUUUAUAGUCCUAUCUUUUUUUAGUCCUAUCUAUACAUUCAUAUAUAAUAUUCUACAUAGUACAUAUCCUAUUUAAUUUCAUUAAAUUGUUGGAGUAUAAUAACACUACACUUUGUUGUAAUUGAAUUUCACUCUCUAUACUUUGACGUAUCUUGAGGCAAGUGUUUGUAUUAACUUGUUCCAAUUUUUAGGUUUUUGGUUGUGACCAAUAUAUAAAUAUAUAAUUAACAUGAGGAGUAACAUGGAAUUUGAGCGUGUUCUUAGUUACUUUGAUGAAGAUGGCGACGGAAAGAUUUCCCCGAACGAAUUAAGGAGUCGAAUGGCGAAGAUUAGCGGAGAGUUUCAAUUGAAAGAAGUGGAGAUUGCUAUUGAGGCAUUGGAUUCUGAUGGUGAUGGGUUAUUGAGUUUGGAGGAUUUGAUAGCGCUAAUGGAAUCAGGGGGAGAGGAAGAAAAAUUGAAGGAUUUGAGGGAAGCUUUUGAAAUGUAUGAUGAUGAAGGGUGUGGGUACAUAACACCAAAGAGUUUGAAGAGGAUGUUGAAAAAGUUGGGGGAUUCUAAGUCCAUUGAAGAAUGUAAAGUGAUGAUUAAAAGAUUUGAUUUGGAUGGUGAUGGUGUGCUUAGUUUUGAAGAGUUCAGAAUCAUGAUGGAGUGAAUGAUUAUGUCAUUAUGAUGUAUAUAUGUGUUGAUUAUGUGAUGUGCUUAUUAUAGUCUUUCUGGUUUCAUU